CUCUCGCGCGCCGGCCAAUUCACAAUUGCCAGUCAGUGCUCGUUAGUCGCAAAGUGAACGCGGCAGUGCUCCGCAAAAUGGCUGUGUCAAAAACUAUAUGGCAUUGCGCCGGUUUGUUAUUGUUUAUUGUGGUAUCUUGUGCCGCGCUUUCCGGGUUAUAUAUUGAUAAUGGUGUGGAUCAAACAAUUAUACACCACUCAAUGACGCGUCAUGAAAGACAGGUUGUUGAACACGAAAUAUUAGAAUUGUUGGGACUCGGCGAGCGACCGAGGCGUGCGCAAGCGCCACCCUUGGACCGCUCAGCGCCAAGCUUUUUACUGGACGUCUAUAAGCAGUUAGCUGAGGAGCACGAGCAAGCUCGGCCUACCCGAAGCUCUGAAAUGGCUCUUAGUGGCGAAGAGCAAAAUGCAAUCGACGAGAGCGAUCUUAUUAUGACAUUUCAGAGCAAAAAACACCACUUGGGCGUCUUACGUCAUGGUCAUGGAAGGCAUAUAUGGUUUGAAGUUACUGGCGCUCCUAGUGACGCUUCCUCCUUACUUACUGCUGAGCUGAGACUUCAUCAGGCACCAACACAUACAGUGGACCCUGCUGAUCUUUACACCGUUGUUGUUCAUCGGGUGGUCAGCGUUGAUAAUUUAGGAGGUAUGCAAAUGGAGCAGGUAGCAGCAGUAAACACGAGCGCCAGCGCUGAAGGGUGGCUGGAGUUCAACGUAACAGCUGCCUUAGCUUCGUGGCUUGGAGCUCCCGCAGACAAUCGUGGCUUCUUUAUCACUCUUCACCCUCAUACACAACCAGAACGCCAUGUUAAACCGGAAGAAAUAGGUUUGGAAGAGAAUCACGGUCCUAACUCCGAAGGCAAGCAGCCAUUUUUGGUAGCAUUUUUUAAAAAUGGCCCAAAAUUAGGCGGCGCUGACGCGGGAGCUAGGAAAAAAAGAGAGGCAAGGCGGUGGCGCUCACACGGAUAUUCAGAAAAUUAUUUGAGGAACCCUCUAACAGACACAUUACAUUGGACCACCCGGAGUUGUGAAAUUCAAACACUUUAUGUCAGUUUUAAGGAUUUAGAAUGGCAGGAUUGGAUAAUAGCCCCCGAAGGAUAUGGGGCCUUUUAUUGCAGUGGAGAAUGCAAUUUCCCUUUGAAUGCUCAUAAAAACGCUACAAACCACGCAAUCGUCCAAACAUUGGUUCAUCUUUUAUAUCCAAACCAGGUACCGAAACCAUCGUGUGCACCAAUCAAAUUGUCUCCUAUAUCCGUGUUAUACUAUACAGACGACUCGAAUGUAAUUUUACGAAAAUACAAAAAUAUGGUCGUUAAAAGUUGUGGGUGCCAUUAAAUUCUGAAUUGUGCUAAUUUUGAUGUAUAUAAAAUUUCCUUCAAUAUAAGUUACUUUUUUCCUGUAUGAACUUUUCCAUAACUUUAAAAUAAAUUGUGGGUUUAUUUUAUUAAAAGAAUCUACCUUUUUGUCUCAUUUACUUAUAUAUGUAAUUUUAAGAGUAUACUAUUACUGCUAUUGUAUGGAUUUUAUAAUUAUCCAUAACAGUGGAACUAAAAAGUUUUUAUCAGUUUCAGUGCUAAUAAACAUACAAUAAAGCCAUAACCCCUUGCAGAAAAAUAAGAUUAAGCUAUUUAACUAAAACAGCCUUGGGAGACAAAAUAAAUUGAGAGAUUGAUGAACAGAUACAGUCGACUUCUUACGUUAAAACGAUGAAAUUUUAGUUUCUUUAUGAAUAUGGGGCAAUUAGACUUAUAAUUCAUUUAUAUACGGAUUUAUGUAGUUAUCGUAAAUUUCGUCUCCUCACUAUUAAAAACAAAUGCAUCGAUGUAAAAUUCCAUUGGUAAUUGUUUACAGUAACUACAUUCCUUAUUUUUUACGUGUAUUUAUACAAAUUUAUUCAAAUGAGAGAUUUAUGUACAGCAGUAUUAGCACUUUUACCUUCAAACUAGUCUGUAGUCCAUCCAUUAUAUUACAUUAAUUAAAAUAUUUUAAGCUAAUUGCGUUAAUAGAAUAGGAAAUCAAUAGUCUUCAUAACUGUAUGUUAUAUUUUUAUUAUGGCCGAACCUUUAGUGUAUAAAUAAAAAUGAAUUACAAAAUUAUUUCAACAUUCAUUAUUGUCAAAGACAGAUGUAAAAAAUCUACAUCUACAUCAUCUCUUUUGAAAGAUAAGAGUAACCUAUGAAGUGUUUUCAUACAUUAAUUAACGAAAUAUUUUAAAAUCUUGGGACAUAUUAUGUCCAUCCAGUGGAAUGUGUAAAACAUAUUUUUGCAAACAUAUGUUUCACUCUAAUAUAAGAUAUUAUAUAUUUUGAAUUCUUUAAAAGUCUUUAUUAAAGGAAUAAUGUGUAGGUUCACAUUGCUUGAAAUGAUUUGUUUGAACAGGUCCCAAAGGGUACGCACGUCCCCUGAAGUUAAGUAAAAAAUAUUUUUGUUGUUAUUUAAAUGUUGCAUAAAAGUUGUGUUUCUUCAGUCUUGUUUACCAAAGUGCUUCCCUGACCUUUCAUUUCACCUAUAUUUUUUAUAAUUAAAUUAUUUGACGCCGUUACUUGGUUUAUCCGCUGGUAUUUGUCAUUAAAGAUUCGUAUUCAUUCGAUAUCAAUAAGUUGAUUAGAUGAUUAGUAUUAGAAAUAAAUGAAUGUGCCAAUUCAACAAGUCGAAUUUUAGCUUUAACUUUUUAAUAAAUUGUGUACAA